AUGAGCGCAGUCACGGCAGACGGAUCAGCGUCGCAGAAAACAAGUGGCGCCGAGACGCAGUCCAAAACGAACACCAUGAGUGUCGUGGAGUGCGACGGCGCGGAGAAGUCGAUAUUGUCGUUCCGGAAAGGCGAUGGGACCUCCGCAGAAGCGCCUGAGGCCACCACGCAAGCCACGGCGCAAAAGUUGCCCAUGACGGAGGAAGGUGUGGAUGCGGAUUCGAACGCGGAUGCGGAUGCGGAGGCAGGGAGGGAGGGGGAGGCAAGGGAGGAUCUCGCUGCCGCGUCCCAAAAACGAUAUGCGAAGGAUGAAAACGUGCUGUACGGCGUCCCGCGCAAGCGCACGAAAAUCUCGUGGAAGUGCGGCAUGUGCGGCUACCACGUCCUUGCCAUGGACCAGGAGGGCAGGCCGCUGCCACUCUCCGUGUCCUCCUUCGGUGAGGUGCUGCCGAUGACCUGCCCACGAUGCCUGCUAGAGCACACCAGCUGGGAACAGGCGGUGCCGUUUGACGAGUACGGCGAUCACGCAAACAUUCGCUCCAAACUCUCGAAUAAUUACGCCCGCACGACAGGCAACGCAGGGGCGGAGAUGCGGGACGUAACCCCCGUCCACACCACAAGAGCAACAGGCGUCGCGGGAAGCAGUCCCGAAAUUCCCCCCAUUUUGCAGGAGAUCGGGCGUAAGCUGCAACAAGAUGCUGCGGGGCAUAUGCCCAUGCAACCGGAUCCAAAACCGCGCGGACGUCGCAUGGCGUAUUAUUGUAGAAAAUGCAACAGACAGCUCCUGCGCAUUGACCCCUACGGCGAGCUCGUCCCGCUUGCCCGUGAUAAGGACGGCUCGGUGCUGCCUAUUGUCUGCCCUGGAUGUAAAGUAGAACACAAUGAGUGGGAUGUGAGGUCGUUCACCGUCACACUAUAA